UGUCAGUAAUGUCGUUAUGAGAACGUUUAUUAUAUAAAAUAUUCCAUAAACAAAAUAACUGUCGGAUUAUUAAUUAAGUUAUAGGUAUCUCAAUUUUGUAAAACAUGUGUAAAACGUAUUGUUUUAUAUUAACUAGUGUGAUUUUGUUGCAAGGCAAAGCGACAGGCGGUCCUGUUAGAAUGGGCUACGAAUAUAUGCCAGAAGAGGACGCGUGGCUGCGCUUGCACAUCGAACCCGCGAUCUGGCCUGACGCACGACUGCGCUGCCAUCUCGAAGGUGGCGCCCUGGCUUCUCCGACAACCAGCGCGAUGACCAAAGCGUUGGUAGCAAUGUUGGCCGCCAACAAGAUGACCAUGCGCCACGCUUACAUAGGAGUACAUGCCUUACUUUCCAAGGGAGAGUUCAUGAGCAUGGAAGGGAUUCCGAUGGGCAACCUCUCCGCUCGAUGGCGUGAAGGGGAGCCCAACAAUAUGAAGAACGAGGAGGACUGCGUGGUGUUGGACGGUGCAGGCGAGGCGAUAGACGUCAGCUGCAGUACCCCUCGUCCGUACUUCUGCCGCAAGGAGAGUACUAGGAUGAUUGUCAACAAGUGUGGAACUACAGCUGAUGGUUACAAACUUGAGCCCCGCACUGGUAGCUGCUAUAAGUUCCACCUGGUACCAAGGACCUGGCACCGAGCCGCCAUGGCGUGCCAAGCCGAGGGGGGGCACUUGGCGGUCAUUAAUAGCAACAAGGAAGCGCAAGCGCUGAAGGAUAUUUUUGGGGAGCACCCUAUAACUAGUAUAAAAGGGGGCAACGUGUUGGAAGCGAACGUGGGAAUCUGGGAUUGGAAUGAACAUGGCGAGUGGUUGACAAUUUUUGGUCAGACAUUGUCCGAGGCCGGAUACGAAGGCUGGCGUCAUAAUGAGCCGAACAAUGUCGAGAAGGAGUUUUGCGGUGCGAUUGACCGCGAUGGCUACCUCAACAAUUGUCCGUGUGAUAGAUUUGCCCUGUUUAUAUGCGAGGUGACACCUAAAUAAACCUACGUCCUUAAGUGUCUUGACAUUAAGCUGAGUGGAGACCCCUUCGGUGAUGCUUAACAACAAAUUAGUCGUAAUGUCUAUGUAGGUAAUUCCUAAAUUUAAGCGUUUUCUGAAUAAAUUUAUUCUUCCUUUC